ACACUUUGCCGUGUGUCCCUUGCGUGAAUCCGAUCGAUGCUCUCCGGCAAUGACCUAUCCCAGGGGAAACAUCAUCUACGGAGUGCCGGAAACCUACGGAACAUAAGGACUUAGGAGUCGCGUACAAAUCCUUCUAGACGUCAUGUCUGAGCUCACAGCUCGACGAGUCCUCUUUGGGAUGCGACGAUCGAACUUCUUCACGUUAGCGCUCCUCGGAGGACUCAUGUGUUACUUGUGUUUCGGAGCACUUGUCUUCACCUACCUGGAACACAAUCAUGAGCAAGAACUCCGUAGAAGAUAUAGGAACUUCCGCGAGAAUUUUCUCGAACUGCACCACUCCAACCUGAGCGAUCCUGAUUUGGAAGAUUUCUUAGAACAAGCGAUAUUGCUCCACAGAAACCGCAUCGACCCUGCGAGGAAUGCAAGCGGUCAAUUGUUAUGGACUUUCUCGAAUGCGCUACUGUUCUGCACUACUCUCGUGACAACGGUCGGCUACGGAAGCAUCGCAGCCUUGACGACGCCUGGGAGAGCUUUUUCGGUGAUCUACGCCAUGCUGGGGAUACCUCUGACAUUAUUGCUCAUGGGAGCUCUCGUUGAAAGAUUGCUUCAACCGUGCAACUUCCUAAUGGAGUAUUUCGGGAAGCGGGGCCGUACUUCGACCCUUGAGCUGAAAAUCGUCAACCUGUUGCUUAUCGGAAGUCUUUUCUUUACCUUUUUCUUAAUGUUACCGUCUGUGAUUUUUUCCUGUCUCGAGCCAAACUGGAACUUGAUGGACGCCAUGUACUACUGUUUCAUUUCAUUGACCACUAUCGGUCUGGGCGACCUUGUUCCAUACGGCGACACGGGCUUGGGCUUCAAUGAUCGCGAAUGGUACAUCGUAUCUAUAUCAAUGUAUUUGCUCAGCGGUUUUUGCUUCGCUCUAUUGUUGCUGGCAGUGUUCUACGAUGUUCCUCAACUGAAUCUUGGGGGCUAUUUCAUGUUGUCAAGCGACGUUACCUCGAUCGACGAAGAAGCUACCGAGAGCGUGACCAUAUAUAUCUCGGCGGUGGAAAAGGAACGUUUGUACGAGAGCAUGUACAAGACGAGAGCUCGUAAGUUCACUAUGUGAGAGAUCAGGAAUUCGGAAAACACAGGCCGAAGGGAAUCUCGUCAAACACGCCUUGCUCCGUGGAAGAUGCAACUGUUGAAAGGUCGUUUUGUGUCUCUUUUGGUGUGGGAAUAUCGCGCGGUCUUCCUGGAGACGUCGUCUAAAUUCCUCACGGACUCGCCGAGUACAACCGUUCCGAGUGCAAAUCUGGGAAGAGGAAUACUGAGGACACUUUGUGAUAAUGUGAAGCUGAAGUCGGCCUACCAAUAAAGCGGAGUUCA